CCUCCCAGGAGAGGGAAGAAUUGAGUAUUGUUAAUAACUAUGGACUGGAGACCUUUUGGAGCCAAAAGGAAGACAGUCUUGAGUCUUUCUUGUUAUGGGUUGUAAAUACCACAUAAAGAAUAAGUGCAUGUGAUGCUGGAAACUUGUAGAGAGGAACUACUCAUGACUGAAAGGCUUAAAACAGAUGUAUCUUUCGAGUUCUUAUCGAGAAAAUGACUUUGAAGAAAAUGAUGGGUCAGGAAGACCAGUGGAAAACUCCCUAGGAGAGAGCCAUAGAAAAUGUACACUUCAGAAGAGAGAGAGAAUCAGAGAACUCAAAAAUGGAAAAUAUAUCAUGUAUGCCCUCAGAAGGGUAAAAAGAUUUUUAUUCAUGUGCAUGAGAUUACUCAAAUAGAUGAUCAGAUAUACCAGUGCCUUGAACAUGAGCAAAACUUUUGUGAAAACUUAGCUCUUAUUAUGUGUGAGAGAACCCACACUGGGGAGAAACCUUAUAGAUGUGAUAUGUGUGAGAAAACCUUCAUCCAAAGCUCAGAUCUUAUUUCACAUCAGAGGAUCCACAGUUAUGAGAAACCUUAUAAAUGUAGCAAAUGUGAGAAGAGCUUUUGGCACCACUUAGCCCUUUCAGGACACCAGAGAAUGCAUGCAGGUAAAAAAUUCUAUACAUGUGAUAUCUGUGGCAAGAAUUUUGGUCAGAGCUCUGAUCUGCUUGUCCACCAGCGAAGCCAUACAGGCGAGAAACCGUAUCUGUGUAGUGAGUGUGAUAAAUGCUUCAGCCGAAGUACAAACCUCAUAAGGCACCGAAGAACUCACACGGGUGAGAAACCAUUUAAGUGUCUGGAGUGUGAAAAAGCUUUUAGUGGGAAAUCCGAUCUUAUUAGCCACCAGAGAACUCAUACUGGUGAAAGACCCUACAAAUGUAAUAAGUGUGAGAAAAGUUACCGACACCGGUCAGCCUUCAUUGUUCAUAAAAGAGUACAUACUGGGGAGAAGCCCUAUAAGUGUGGUGCCUGUGAGAAAUGUUUUGGCCAGAAAUCAGACCUUAUUGUACACCAGAGAGUCCACACAGGUGAGAAGCCGUAUAAAUGCUUGGAAUGUAUGAGAAGUUUUACCCGGAGUGCCAACCUCAUCAGGCACCAGGCAACUCACACUCACACUUUUAAAUGCCUUGAAUAUGAGAAGAGCUUCAGCUGUAGUUCAGACCUUAUUGUACAUCAAAGAAUUCACAUGGAAGAGAAACCGCAUCAGUGGUCUGCAUGUGAGAGUGGCUUCCUCCUAGGCAUGGACUUCGUUGCCCAACAGAAAAUGAGAACUCAGACAGAGGAGCUGCAUUAUAAAUACAGUGUCUGUGAUAAAAGCUUUCACCAGAGCUCAGCCCUUUUUCAACAUCAGACAAUCCACAUCGGUGAAAAACCAUAUAUCUGUAAUGUAGCUGAGAAAGAUCUUGAGCUCAGCCCUCCCCAUGUAUCAGAAGCCUCACAGAUGUCUUGACCAGACAAGAAGUUAUUAUACCAUAAACAAACAAACAAAAAAAGAUGUAUUUACAAUGUAAGAGAACUCAUUUAAGAUGGAGAACUCAAAGCAAAUCUCAGAUUUUCCUCAGAGCUCAGACUUUAUUGGGGACCAGAAAAUCUGCAGUUACGGGAACCUGAGAAAUGGUUUGACCAGAGAGCUGUCUUUACAGAACCGUAUCAAUCACUCCAGUGAGAAACCUUACAAAUGCCCUGAGUUUUUUGAAAACCUUCAGUCCAAGCUCAUGUCUGAUCACCCACAAGAGGAUUUAUAUAGGUGGGAAGCUUACAAGUUUGGUGAAUGUGAAGAAAGCUCUCUAGCAAUGCUCACCUUUCCUCAUUCCAAGAGAAUUCAGAUCAGAGGACGAUAUUUUUUUAAUGCCCUGUGAAACAGUGCUUCAGACAGUAUGCACACCUCAUUGGACAUCAGAAAGCCCCACUGGAAAGAAACCCCAGCAGUUGUGAAAAAAGCCUCUUAACAUAACUGACUUUAUUACCUAUCAGAGAAGCCAUACAGGUGAAAAUUUGUGUAUUUGCCUUGAAUGUGGCAAAAGCAUUAAGUGAAGAGCCUUCUUGGGUUUGCAACCCCCCCUCCCCCCAAAAAAGAAAAUCUGAUGAAGGACCUUAUGAAUUCUCUGAA